CUGUGCUCUUGGCGUUCAGUCUUCUUUUCCCCACGUCUUUCAGUGUGCGUUUGUUUUCGUUAGUCUGAAGAAAUUCCAGAUACUAGCAUAAUAAUAUUCCAGCAAAGAUGUCAUACAAAAUCGAACCAUUGCCCAAUUCGUAUGCCCACCUCGGUGAAGGUCCCCACUGGGAUAUUGAGAAGCAGAGCCUUUAUUACGUAGACAUUGAAGCUGGCAAAUUGCUGCGCUACGACUACCAGGAAGAUAAGGUGUACCACAGCAAAAUCGAGGGUGUGGAGCUUGCCUCGUUCGUUGUGCCAAUCGAAGGUCAGAACGACAAGUUUGUCGUUGGAGAUGGACGUCGUGUGGUUGUCGUCUCCUGGGAUGGUAUCUCUGAAACAAGCAAAGUAGAUCGCGUACUCUUUGAAGUCCAACCCGAUGAGCAAUACGUUGUUAACCGUUUCAACGAUGGCAAAGCUGAUCCACGUGGUCGCCUCUUUGCUGGAACAAUGCGUUAUGUAGGCGAUGAAUUCAAGGAUCGUUGGGGCGAGUUGUACAAGUACGAAAAAGGUGGCAAAGUUUCUGUGGUGAAGAGCGAUGUCGGCAUUUCCAACGGUUUGGCUUGGAACGAGAAAUUGAAGAAAUUCUACUUCAUUGACACCACCGAUUAUGAAGUGAAGGAGUACGACUAUGACUUUGAUGCUGGUGUACCAAGUAAACCAAAAGUCGUUUUCAAUUUACGCAAAUCAAACCCUAAGGAUAAUUUGCUGCCUGAUGGUUUGACAAUUGACAGUGAGGGCAAUCUUUAUGUUGCGACAUUUAAUGGUCACACCAUUUACAAGGUCAAUCCAAGCACCGGCAAAGUUCUUCUGGAAAUAAAAUUCCCUACCAAGCAAAUUACUUCAGCUGCCUGGGGAGGUCCAAAUCUGGAUAUAUUUUAUGUGACCACGUCAGCUAAAUUUGAUCAACCUGCACCGGCUGGCACCACUUACAAGAUUACUGGCUUAAGAGCCAAGGGUUUGCCCAUGUCAAAAGUUCAACUUUAAGAGCACUUAUUUACAUAAAUACAUUUGUAUAGAUAUAUAAGUAUUCUAUAACGUGCUUGUAUAUAUCUACAUUAAGCAAUCUCACUGUGUAAAUGAUAUUCGUUCGAUUAUAAUAUGUGAAUAAACGUCACACAAUGCAUAAGAAAAUACA